UGUUAAAAGUAAAACUUGCUCUAAGGAUUUGGCACGAGUUCACCACACUUCCCCCGAGCCCCCCGCCCCCACAAAGCCAAUCCCCGAUUUCUACUAUCAUUCAGGGCAUCACUUGCGGCAGCGCGUGAUAUUCACCUGUCAACUCCAGCUGCUAUUCAACAAACAUUCGGCCCUCGCCAACGACUGGAUUGUUGGAAGGCCACUCAUCUCCGAUGAGCUUAGUGGACGAGAGCUUCGAGCUGAAGGAACUUCAGGUGUUGGAAGGCCACGCUGAUAGGGUUUGGAGUGUCGCUUGGAAACCUGCCACUGGCUUCGACGGGGUCCCCGCAGUACUCGCCUCCUGCAGCGGCGAUAAAACCGUCCGGGUUUGGGAACAGAGUCCUUCCUCCGGUUCUUUCCAGUGCAAGGCAGUCCUGGAGGAGACGCACACUAGGACGGUUAGAUCGUGUGCCUGGUCUCCAUCUGGAAAACUAUUAGCAACUGCAAGUUUUGAUGCCACCACUGCUGUAUGGGAGCACGUUGGCGAUGAUUAUGAAUGUGUUUCCACUUUGGAGGGUCAUGAAAAUGAAGUAAAGAGCAUUUCUUGGAAUGCAUCCGGCUCGCUGCUCGCUACUUGUGGGCGAGACAAGUCAGUAUGGAUAUGGGAAGUUUUGCCUGGUAAUGAAUUUGAGUGUGUUUCUGUGUUGCAAGGACAUACACAAGAUGUUAAAAUGGUUCAGUGGCAUCCAAACAUGGACAUUCUGUUCUCUUGCAGCUAUGAUAACACUAUUAAGGUUUGGGCGGAGGAUGGUGAUGAUGAUUGGCAUUGUGUUCAAACAUUAGCAGAAGCUAACAAUGGACACACAUCUACGGUCUGGGCUCUAUCCUUUAAUGCAACUGGAGACAAAAUGGCCACUUGUAGCGAUGAUCUUACCUUGAAAAUAUGGGGAAGCGACCUCUUGACGAUUCAGUCUGGAAAUGGGUCUGCGCCUUGGAAACACAUCUGCACUCUCUCUGGUUAUCAUGAUCGAACUAUAUUUUCAGUCCAUUGGUCAAGGGAAGGAAUAAUUGCUAGUGGAGCAGCUGAUGAUGCUAUACGUUUAUUUGCUGAGGAUGGAGAUGGUUUGGUUGAUGAACCUAAGUACCAUUUGCUUCUGAAGAAGGACAAAGCUCAUGAUAUGGACGUAAAUUCUGUGCAAUGGAGCUCUGCGGGAAACAGGCUUCUUGCUUCUGCAAGUGAUGACGGGACGAUCAAGAUAUGGGAGUUGAUUUCCCUGGCAGGGGACCAGAAACCUCCACUCUAAUACCACUAGUUAAUUUGAUCGGUUGUGGAUUUUUCCCGCAUGUGGUGGAGAUAUCAUCCGUGAGACGCAAUGCUUGAACCAAAAUAGUUUUUCGUAUAAAUUUUGGGGUGGCUUGUUAAAAUAGUCACGUAGAAGUACAGUGGAGUUUACAGAGUAUUGAUGCUGCUAAAUUUUCUCAUCUUCAGUUUGUCUCUCUGUUUACGAUGUAAUUUCCUUGAUAGAACUUUAUACCAGCGAAGCAUAAACAUUCUUGCCCAGUAUUUUGAGCAACAGUUUGAAAUAUUUAAACGACUGGGUAUGAAGCUGCUCGAAACGAUAAUUUCCAA